GAUAGCACCGAGACUGUGCAUCUAAAGAAAAGCUCUAAUCAUCUUGGGGCAGCCCAAAGAAAGUCAAAAAUGGAGUUGAUUGGAUCCACCCUAACAGCCACAUAUGCUCGUCCAAAAACCAGCCACUUCCUCCCCGCCAUCUCCACCAUGGCAUCCAGCUAUCGCAACACCCAGCCCGCCUUGACCAUGAAUCCCAGUGCCAACCUGUGGAGGACCAACAACUAUUUCAAGAGCAGCAGCGCCAUCCCAACACCCUCUUCCUUGCAGCGAGAGAAUUUAGAUCUGGUUCGAGCCAAGACCAUGUUCUACCCAUCCAACAGGACUGCGCUGUCCACCCGCUACACUCCCGAUGACUGGUACAAGUCCAACAUAAGCAACUACAGGGAGUCCGAGUCGUCCCGGAAAAGUGCAGAGAGACUGAGGAAAGACACCAUCAGGCUGAUUCAGGAGAAGGAGCAGCUGACCAGACGGUCACAGGAGAAUACCAGCAAGAACAUUGGCGAGCGGCUCAAUGACGUCGUCUUCUGGAGGUCUGAGCUGAGCCACGAGAUUGACAACAUGGUGACGGAGAUAGCAGCACUCACUGAGGUUAAGAGGAGGCUGGAGAGAGCCUUGGCAGAGACUGAGGGGCCUCUUCAGGUGUCUCAAGAGUGUUUGUACCACAGAGAGAAGCGGAUGUCCAUCGAUCUGGUGCAUGACGGCGUAGAGAAAGACCUCAUAAAGGAAGUUGAAGUCAUCAAGUCCUGUCAGGAACGGAUGCGGCGACAUCUGGACAGAGCCAUUGCUCAGCUGGCGUCAAACCGAGCGGCUCAGCAUGAAUUGGAAAGAGACAUGAGUGACAAAGUGACGGCUCAGAGGAUAGAUGACAGGUGUCACCAUCUGAGGAACACAUCAGACGGCAUCGGCUACUACAGAGGGAUCGAGAGAGUGGACCCCUCACUUUCUUUGCCGGACACGUGGUCCAAGUUCACAGACGACAACAUCCUGCACUCUCAGAGCGAACGAGCUGCCUCACACAAGCUGAGGGACGAGAUAGAGAUCCUGCUGAACAUCACGUCAAACGAAAUGUGGAACCAGUUCAACAACGCCAAUGUCGCCUUCACGAACCGCAUAUCAGAAACCGCUGAUGCUAAAAACAGCCUGCAGACACACCUGGCUAAGACUCUGCAGGAGAUCUUCCAGACAGAGAUGCUGAUUGAGUCUCUGAGGAAAGCCAUCAGAGACAAGGAGUGUCCGCUGAAAGUGGCCCAGACCAGGCUGGAGGAGAGGACCCGCAGGCCCAACAUAGAGCUCUGCAGGGACAACCCACACCACAGACUCGUGAGUGAGGUGAGAGAGAUCGAGGACACCAUUCAGAAGCUCCAGGAGCGACUGAUGGAGGCUGAAAACACUCUGCAAACUCUGGUCAAGACCAAAGUGACCCUGGAACACGACCUGUCCAUCAAGGCCAACUCACUCUUCCUGGACCAGGAGAAAUGCAUGAGCAUGCGCAAGAGCUUUCCAAGUAUGCCCCGUCUGGUGGGCUACACCUAA